ACAUGAUAUACAUAAACGUCGAUGUCCGUUAGUCGACAGUAUUCUUUCGUCACUUAGGUCGGUUGGGCUCCGCGAUUCGCACGCACGCAAAAUGUGGUAGUAACAAACUCGCUAUCUCGCAAAACUCUUUAUCUCGAUUAAGGUGUUAAAGAUUCGGUCAAGUUGUUAACGUUAUCGCAAAGAAAGCCUUGCUGGAACGAGCAUCUUGUUUUGUUUCGUUUGCUCGCACGUGUGCAACGCAGUAAGAGAGAAGAAAAGAAAUUUAGAAAGAGAACAGAGGAGAAGUGAAAAGAGUGAACGCACGCGCACAUCCACACACACACACACACAUUGCUCUAAAGUGGCAACGCGAAGAUUUGCAAUCCUAUAUAAAUUUCACCUCGUUACAUUCAUUACGCUAAUAUUGUGACGUCGAGACAGUAUAGAAACAGAAGAAUGUCGAGACAGAAUGAAGUCUACAUGACUACCCCCGAACUGAUUGAAGCUCACGGUUAUAUAGCGGAAACUCAUCAGGUUUGGACCAAAGAUGACUAUUGUUUGCGUGUGCAUCGUGUAAUUUCGCCCAACGAUCGGGUAUCAUCAAAUAACGACGUUCUCACAGACACCGAUACAUCGGCUACCGAUAAUAAUGCAGAUGAUCAGUCAGUUCCUCUCAACUGCAAUCAAGACGUUCGCAUAUCCUGUACAGGCUUAAAAUUACCAAUUCUUCUCAAUCACGGACUCCUAUCCAGUUCCGCAGAUUUUGUGCUGCUAGGACCUCGUAGAGCUCUCGCGUAUUUACUUUGCGACAAUGGAUUCGACGUCUGGCUUACAAACUGUCGUGGCAACACGUACUCGAAGCACCACAAGUUUUAUUCACGCAAAGACAAAGAAUUCUGGAACUUCAGUUUCCAUGAUAUCGGAUGCUAUGACUUACCCGCAACGAUAGAUUAUAUUCUCGAGAAAACUGGUCAUUCUAAACUGUACUUUAUUGGUCACAGUCAAGGCGCAGCUUCAUUUUACAUUAUGGGCAGUGAGAAACCCGAAUAUAUCGCGAAAAUCAAGGGAAUGAUUAGUUUGGCGCCCGCAGCAUUCGUAGGAAAUCAGAAAAGUUUGCUGUUGAAAUAUAUCUCAUAUUGGCGCAAUAUUUUAGAGUGGGGAUUUGAUGCAUGCAAUAUGUAUCAGGUUUUUCCUAGGUUCAAUAAGUGGCAAACGAAUAUAUUGAGCACUUUUCUGCACAAAGCUCCUUACGUGGUGACCAAAAGCAUUUACAGUACAUGGUUUUAUUUUCUUGCUGGAUACGGUAGCAAUCAAUUCGAAAAAACUAUGGCACCUUUGAUAUUCGCACAUUUUCCGGCGGGAGCUUCGUCCAAGCAAUUGACUCAUUACAAUCAACUGAUAUACUCCAAAUCUUUUCAAAAGUACGAUCAUGGUGCUAAAAAAAAUCUGACGCUUUAUGGCUCCACCGAACCACCCAAGUACAAUCUUGAAAGACUAACAGUACCCAUAGCCAUAUUUUAUAGUCACAAUGAUCGCUUCCUUGAUUACGCUGAUGUUGAGACAUUGGUGAGCAAAUUACCGAAUGUUGUACAAAUUGAGGCAAUAUCGUACAAAAUGUUUAAUCAUGUCGAUUUUCUGUGGGGCCGCGAUGCGAAGGAACUCUUAUACGACAAGAUCCUAUCUGCGCUAAAAAAUUUUUGACAUAUAUUUUGAUAUAUGUGACUAUUGAUUAAAGAUCUGCCCAGUUUUUUUAAUAAGUCGUGAAAUAUCACUACGUGCAAAUCAGUAAACUGAUUAAUAGAAUGUCUACGCAGUAAAAAGUGGUUUCACAUGCAAAUUUACAUGUAUCAAUUUAGAUUUAAACAAACUGAAUUUACCAAGCACAAAUAAAAUACUUCUAAAAAAAAUGUAUUAUACAAGAAAAACGAUUUUUAUAAUAAUACAUGUAAUAAUUUAUGUAUAUACAUAUAUUUACAUGUGUAUAUAAGUAAGGAGUUUUGACUCACGCAUGCGCAAAGCUUACAGUUGUAACCAUGUGGUGGGAAAAGCGAUGAAAGGGAAAAUAUACGUUUUGAGAGGCGUGUGCGUUCUGUAUAAAGUUCUAUUGUAUUAUAGUUUAUAAGUUUAU